GUCUAAUAGAAGUAAAAUUUCAAAUUGUUCUCCUAAAAAUGAUGCUGAAAGUGCAACAGAGCUGGGGAAUGUUGCGCUCAAUGUCCAAGUGUGCGAGGAAGAAAUACGAGCCCAUAUCGAUAAGCAAAAGUCUGAGAGAUAAUACGCCGGAUGCCUAUGCAAUAAUGCGGGAAGCGAUGAUUAAAUUAGAGCGACAAUACAUGCUGGGCAGUCGAGUCCAGUUGACGGAGAAUGAACAGGCAGCCAAUGAUGUAAUCAUGAAAGAGAAGAACGUGGAGUUUAACAAGGGACUGCUUGAUCCUGGGAAGUUCGUGCUUAAAAAGAUCAAGGCCUCUCGAUUAUUUGGCAUUCUGCAGAAGAUGCCAAAGGGAGGAAUUCUACAUGCUCAUGAUACGGCUUUGUGUAGCUCCGAGUAUCUGGUUAAACUCACUUACCGUGAGAAUCUGUGGAUUUGUACGACGGACCAGGGAUGCAAAGCAAUUGCAUUUCGCUUCUCUAAGGAGAAACCUACUAUGAAAGCCAUAGAUGAUUGCAACUGGGAACCCAUGGAAGAGUUUCGCGAACGUCGUGGAGAAGAGAUUGUGAGAAAGUAUCUGUUGCGACGCUUCAGCAUGUAUCCUGUAGCCACUUACCAAUCGAACAAUGCAGCUUGGAACGACUUCAUGAGCAUUUUCAUCCUGCUCGACGGACUGUUGCUCUAUGCUCCCGUCUGGCGGGAUUACUACUACAAUGCCCUGGAGGAACUGCAUGCAGAUGGUGUACAGUAUUUAGAACUGAGAUCCUUAUUGCCAAAUCUAUAUUGCAUUGACGGCUCGCAGUUGGAAAUAAAUGAAACACUGGCGAUCUACAAAUCGGAAACGGAACGUUUCAUGUCAAAUAAUCCUGAUUUUAUUGGAGCCAAAUUAAUCUAUGCUCCGCUACGAAGUGUGGAGCCAAAAGUUUGCGAAGAAUAUGUACAGAAGUGCAUAGCAUUAAAGCAAGAAUUUCCCACAUUUUUGGCAGGCUUCGAUUUAGUUGGCCAAGAGGAACUUGGUCGUCCGUUGAUUGACUUUGUGGAACCGCUGCUUAAGCUACCACAGGAUAUUAACUUCUACUUUCAUGCUGGCGAGACAAACUGGUAUGGCACUUCCAUUGAUGAGAACCUCAUUGAUGCCAUUUUGUUGGGCACAAAGCGUAUUGGCCAUGGUUACGCACUAGUCAAGCAUCCCUUUGCCAUGAAACUGGUCAAGCAUCUGGACAUUGCUGUGGAGGUAUGUCCAGUAUCCAAUCAGGUGCUGCAACUUGGUCAGGAUUAUCGCAAUCAUCCUGCUGCCAUGUUAAUUGCCAAUGAUGUUCCCAUUGUCAUUUCAUCAGAUGAUCCUUCGUUCUGGUGGGCAGCUCCCUUGACCCAUGAUUUUUACUUUGUCUUUUUGGGCAUUGCGCCAUUUAAUGCCGACCUGAAAUUUCUCAAGCAAUUAGCUAUGAAUUCAAUUCGUUAUAGCGGACUGACAGAUCCAGAGAAGUCGAAGGCUUUCGAGAAAUGGCAACAACUCUUGGACAACUGGAUCGAGAAUGUGGUCCGUUAAGCCACAGGAAAUAAACAAAUAAUUACAGUUUAUUAUUUAUUAUUAUUUAUUUAUUACUGCACGCAAUUCCCUCAGCUAAGAUUUUAGUACAUGUACUUGUAAGUAACUUACAUAGAUACAAUUGAUAUGGGUUAUGAGUAUGCACAAGCUUGGUGUUUCUUUUUUCGAAUAUUCAUUAAAUUAUAUUCAUUCA